AUGACCCAAAUACCCACACCACCAGCGUCGCGACCGGGCUCGGAGGCACCUGAAGUGAAGGUGAAGCCGGUGGCUUUAGAGGAUUCGGUCCAAUGUUUGGAUACACUUCUUGAGAAAUACUUGCAUCUGCUUGAUCGGCAGCAGAAACUACAUUCAAGCCUGGCAGAACAGCUGUCGUCGGGGUUUUUCGCUCUCGCCCAAGCCAAUUUCUCCAGUCCUGGCCGGCGUUAUGGUCCUGAUUAUUACGAUGAGCGCAUGAAAGCAACGAGAAAGAUAUCAAUCCAAUCCGAACAAAACACGGAGAAAUCCAUGGACGAUCCGCAAGAGAAAAAGGAUAUCACUGCGCUACCUGGCUCUGAAUACACAUUCUCCGUCGACACCACACCUAGUCGUCCAUCAGAGGAGGCCGAUGGGGACAACGAACCCAAGGCCUCUUCUCCGGUCCUAGAUAAAAGUCCUCAGGCCACCGAGGAAACUAGCCCGGCCGAGACGGCUAGCUCGGAAUCCUCUGACACUGCGGAAACCGAAAUCGCCCCUGUCGAAAAACCAAAGCCCGUCUCUAAGAAGUUCCGUUCUGCCGAUCCAAUUCAUUGGUAUGGAAUACUAGUCCCCCAGUCGCUGCGCAGGGCACAAGACUCUUUCGCAAAUGCGAUAGACAAUCAGGUGCCAGAUUUGGCUAGUACAACAGUUGAAAUGCGAGCCCUGGAACAGCAGAUAGACCAAUUACGGGCUCGGCUGGAAAUCGAAUCCUCCGACGCAGCUAUGUUGUAG